CAAGGCUUCUUCGGUCUUGCGGAGAAAUAGGAUAGCCCGGGGAUUGGAGGACGGGGGGGGGAUGGAGGGGGCUGGUGCUUCCGAGACGUUGGGAUGGGACUCUAUGGGUGCGGCAGGACCUGCGCCGUUGAGCGCUUAUUCAAGAGUGCCCUCCUUCGGAGAGGAUCUCGGUCUAGAAGCGGGAUGCAGCCUUUCGGCUGGCCCUUUCGGGAGCCCGGCUUUGCAUUGAACUGAACCGAACCGCAUACUUCAUUGGCCAAGUGGGGUUGCCGACGCCUUCGGUCCUGAGUUUAGAAAGAGGCCUCGACCCCCCCUCCCCUUCCCCUUCUCUACGGCUUCGCGAAAGCGACGCUCCACCUCUACCCCUCCUCCCUCCCCCUCCCGCUCUCUCCCUCCCGCUAUUAUUUCGCCCCCCGCGUCUUCAGGCGCAGCUUUUCGCUCUUUUCCCCGGAGGGGAAGCCGGGCGUCGAGAUGGGCGUCAAACUGCGCUCCGGCUUUUACCUGGGAAAGAAGUUCGCGCUGCUGCUGGCGCUGCUCCCGGCCGCCCUGCUCUUGGCGCUCCUGGUGCUGGCGAUCCUCUACGGGCGUUGCGCGUGGGGACCGAAGGAAUCCGACCAGCUGAUCCCGGGCGUUCCGACGACGCCCGGGGCCAACGCCAGCGCGGAGUCCGCGGCGCGGCCCUCGGGGCCCUGGGAUCAGCAGCGCUUGCCCCGGCACGUCACGCCGAUCCACUACUCGCUCCUGCUCUGGCCCCACCUGGCGCCCGGCCUCCCCGAGCCCCGCACGCACUCGGGACAGGUGAACAUCACGGUGCGAUGCCACGAAGCCACCUCCACGGUGCUGCUGCACAGCGCCGAGCUGACUUACCAGGGCGCUUCAGUGUGGGGCCCGCUGGAGGAGGCGCCCGCCAACACCAGCCGCAGCAUCCCGCUGGGGGAGGUGUGGAUGGCCCCUGCGAACCAAUACCUGGUGCUGGAACUGCUGGAGAGCCUGAGAGCGGGAAGCCUCUACGAGCUGCGGUUCGCCUUUCAAGGGAAGAUUCAGCCGGGGCCGGACUACUCCGGGCUCUUCCUGAACACCUACGAGGACGAAGGCGAGAGCAGGUGGAUAAUUGUUUCACAGCUACAACCAACAGCUGCAAGAUAUGUUUACCCAUGCUUUGAUGAACCUGCAAUGAAAGCUACCUUUAAUAUCAGCAUUGUUCACCAUCCCAGCUAUGUGGCACUUUCCAAUAUGCCAGCUUUAGAUGCAUCUGAGUAUAAAGAUGUGAACGACACUGCACUGAGUGCUUUGAUGAAUGAAACUACACCAAUUAACUGGACUAUCACAACAUUUGAAACAACACUGAAAAUGUCUACGUAUAUCACUGCUUUUGUGGUCUGUAAAUUUGAUUAUGUCACCACAACUGAAAGAGGCAAUCAGAUACGUGUUUGGGCUCGGAAGGAUGCUAUUCAAAAAGGAUAUGCUAAUUAUGCUUUAAAUAUCACAGGGCCAAUAUUUUCAUUUCUGGAAGACUUACUAAACAUCAGUUAUCCUCUUUCAAAAACAGAUUUUGUUGCAGUACCUCUUAUGGAUCAGGGUGCAAUGGAAAACUGGGGACUAAUGAUUUUCCAUGAAACAUCCUUAUUGAGUAAUCCAGAAGAAAACUAUAUAUCAUAUAAAAUGCAUAUUUGCCAAGUUGUUGCUCAUGAGAUAGCACACCAGUGGUUUGGAAACCUAGUUACCAUGGAUUGGUGGAACGACAUAUGGCUUAAUGAGGGAUUUGCAACUUACUUUGAACAUCUAGGUCUAGACUACAUUGAACAUAUCAUGCCACUGGAUAAACUCUUUACCAAGCAGCUUGUACUACCUAUGUUGGCUAGCGAAAAUCAUGAAUUAAAUCAGUCUGUAUCCGAUACAGAAACCAGUCAAAGAGAUUCUUUAUUUGAACUGUUCAGUACAGUAACGUACCAUAAGGGGGCUUCUAUCAUUCGGAUGCUUUCCAAAUUUAUGACUGAAGGAUUGUUUAUCAAAGCAUUGAAUUCAUAUCUGAGUGCAUUUUCCUUUUCUAAUGCCGUCCAAGAUGAUCUGUGGAAUCACAUUCAAAAGGUAAUAGAUGAGCAAAAUGACUUCCAGUUGCCAGCAUCAGUAAAAAUAAUAAUGGAUUCUUGGACCUGCCAGAAGGGCUUUCCACUCCUGACAGUAGAUUUCUCAACUGGCAAUAUUAGCCAGGAACCAUUUUUUGCUGAAAAAAAAGAACACAACUCAGAUAGCACAUGGAUUAUUCCUAUUUCUUGGAUAAGAAAUGGAACAUUACAACCUUUAGUAUGGCUUGAUAAACGUAGUAAAAUAUUUCCUGAAAUGAAAAUAUCAGAUUCAGAACACGAUUGGAUUGUUUUAAAUGUGAACAUGAGUGCUUACUAUAGAAUCAACUAUGAUCAAAAGUAUUGGAGAAGAUUGGCCAAAGUGCUUGAAGAUGAUCCAAAGGCUAUUCCUUCUGUCAGCAGAUUACAGUUAAUGGGAGAUGCCUUUCAUUUGAUUUGGUCCAAUCACACUGGAUAUGAGACUCCAUUGUAUUUAACAAAAUACCUUGAAAAAGAAGAUGAUUCAACAGUGUGGAUGAUGGCAUUGCAUGUACUGGGCAUUUUCAACAGUGAUUUUCUUCUGAGAGAUCCUGAAUUAUACCCAGUUUUAAAGCAAUACUUACUACCACGAAUAACACCAAUAUAUCAUCACUACGCAAAUCUUCUUCGUGAGAGUCCUAAAGCAUUGGAUAUGAAGGUAUUCACCAAACAUGAUAUAGAGGAAAUUCUUAGAACAGCGUGCUGGUUUGGGCUUCGCGACUGUUUAAACCUAGCUUCUGAAUUCUUCAACGAGUGGAUGAACAAUUCCAAACAUGAGGUUCCUGUUUGUUUUAGCUCAACUAUUUGUUGCUAUGGCAUUUGGAUGGGGAAUGAGGAAGAAUGGGAAUUUUUAUGGAAAAUUUUUAAAAAGAAUGAGACUGAAGAUGCAUACAAAUCCAAUAUAUUCUUUGCCCUGAGCUGCACUCGCAUGCCGUGGUUACUUCAGAGAUACUUGCAUUAUAUCCACAAUGAUGAGCCGAAUCUACCAAUUAUUACAGCCGAAGCAAUUCGGAAUGUGGUCAAGAAUGAGAUUGGAUAUUUGACAGCAUGGAUAUUUGUAUCAGAAAAUUGGUCAGAUCUGCCCAUUAGGUUCACACUGAAUGCUCUCAUGACCACUAUUACUACUGACAUUCAAAUGCAAAUGAUACAGGUUUUGCUUAAUAAUACCCUUGAACCUGAAGAAAAAGUAGUGGCUACAGACAUAAUGCUGAAAGAAAAAUCUGAAAAUGAAAAAAGAAAAAAAUCAAUGACCAAAAUGAUCAUGUGGUUAAAGGAAAAUAUGGACAAUUGACAGUUGAGAAAUUUCUUUUUUAGAAAAAGAUAUAUUCAUAGCAAUUAAAAUUUCCUGGGUUAUUUUGGGUAUACAUAAAAUUGUUUUCCUGUGCAAGCAAUAAAAUAUCAUUCAGUAGAAAGCACAAAGUACUGGUAUUAAAUAAAUAAUGUUUUCUCCCAGGAGUACAAAAUUUCUACAAAAACAUUUGCAUAUUUUGUGGAAUUCUUCCUCUAAGAAUGCACUUCCAAAUGCUAUGUAAAAGGAACUUCAAGGAAUAUUAUAUAUUAAGGAGAUUGAACAAAGGACAUUUUUUAUGUCUGAAAUGAACUGGAAGCUAGAUGACUCUGUUGUUCUCUGAUGUGCCUUAGGAAAUGGGACUCAAACACUUUCAGAACUAUAGCUUUUUUAUUUUUUAAAUGAAAAUGAUGACAAUAAAAUAUAAACAUUUCAUUAUAAGAAUAUAUCAGCUGAAAAUGUUUUUCUCUGUAGUGAGCUAUAAAAAGUAUAUGUUUUUAUAUUAAUAUAUAUAUAUAUUAAAUAUUUUUUGAAAGUAAA